AUGCAGGCCUUUAGGACCUGCGCCUCUUCGGCGCUGCGACAAGCUUCAAGAAGGGGAUAUGCCACUGUUGUAUCGGGUUCACCAUAUGCGCAGACAGCCCCCAACCUUAGACUCAGUGCCGACACCAAAGUUCUUUUCCAGGGAUUCACAGGAAAACAGGGGACAUUCCAUGCCCAACAAGCUAUCGAAUACGGCACCAAGGUGGUUGGUGGAACAAAUCCGAAGAAAGCAGGCAGUCAACACUUGGGUCUUCCGGUCUUCAAAGAUGUGAGAAAAGGAAUGCAAGCUACUGGGGCCGAUGCAUCUGUUAUCUUCGUCCCUCCUCCGUUUGCUGCCGCUAGCAUUGAGGAAGCUGUCGAGGCUGAGAUGCCGCUCGUGGUUUGCAUAACUGAGGGGCUCGUCUUCCGGCUCGCUGUCGAACCCGAUGCCAUGCUAAUUGGAGGCCCAGGUCAAUGCAAGAUUGGGAUUAUGCCUGGAUUUAUCCACAAACGAGGACGAGUCGGAAUCGUUUCAAGAUCAGGCACAUUAACAUACGAGGCAGUCAAUCAAACAACACAAGCCGGAUUGGGACAGACGUUAGUUGUGGGAAUUGGAGGUGAUCCGUUCAGUGGCACCAACUUCAUUGACUGCUUGAGAGUGUUUAUGGAAGACGACGAGACGGAAGGAAUCAUCCUGAUUGGUGAAAUCGGAGGCAGUGCCGAAGAAGAUGCCGCCGAAUUUUUGAAGACGGAGAACAAGAAGAACAAGCCCGCAAUCAGCUUUAUUGCUGGUAUUAGUGCUCCUCCCGGACGACGAAUGGGUCAUGCUGGUGCGAUUGUCAGUGGUGGGAAGGGAGGUGCCGAUUCAAAGAUCGCUGCAUUGGAAGCAGCGGGAGUAGUGGUCGAAAGAAAUCCGGCCAUGUUGGGCAAGACUCUUCACGCCCAGUUCGUGGCCCGGGAUCUCAUCUAG